CGUGCCUCUGGUGUGGACAGGAUGAGGUUGGGCUUCCUGUCGGUCUGCAGCGUGCUGCUGCCGGCUGCGCUCCUCUCGGGAUCCGCAGGGCUCGUGGAACAGGGGGGCGGCGGCUGCCUUGCCGCACUCCGUCCUGGGGGGCCCUGCCUCGGCGAGAACGGGGACGAGUGCCCUUACCGGGUCACCCUGCCACCCCUCACCAUCCAGCUGCCCAAGCAAUUUAGGAUGAUGGAAAAGACGGCCCAGGAGCUACAGAGCCUGAGGGCCACGGUGAACCAGCUAAAGAGGUCCUGCCUGGCGUGCCGACCGCAAGCCGACCGCGGCCUGCAGAGCGACAGCGCCGAGGGGCCCGCGCCGGACCUGGGGCAGGAGGGAAAGGGCGGGAAGGGGAUGGAGGAGGAGGGGAGCGAGGCCGAUGGGGACAAGGAGAGGCAGGCCGUAGAUCUGCAUGAGAUGCAGGUGAAGAUGAAGAGGAUGUCGAACAGCCUGAGGAACGCCCGCAACCAGAUCAGCUCGCUGCAAGCGCAGCUGGAGGAGAUGAACCUCCUCAGCAGGGAGAACGUGGAGACCAUGGUGGAAAAAAAGGUUCAGGACCAGUGCUCCAAGCAGUGCUCCAGGGAGUGCCCCGUCGAGGGGUCGGUACAGUUCAUGAUUGCGCCGAGAGACUGUUCCGACUACAACGCGCUGCAGGACAGGAGGAACGGGGUGUACAGGGUGUCCCCGGAGAUCAGGAACGGCACAUUUGAGGUGUACUGCGACAUGGAGUCCUACGGCGGCGGCUGGACCGUGCUGCAGCAGCGGCUCAACGGCAGCGUCAGCUUCAACCGCACGUGGGAUGACUACAAGCGGGGCUUCGGGGACCUUCGCUCCGAUUUCUGGCUGGGCAACGACCACAUCCACCUGCUGACCAAAGCCAAAGACAUGGUCCUGCGCAUUGAGCUGGAGGACUUUAACGGGGUGCGGGAGUACGCCAAGUACGAGCGGUUCUACGUGGCCAACGAGCUCCUCCGUUACAAGCUGUCGGUGAGCGGUUACUCCGGCACUGCUGGGGACGCCUUGCGUUUCAACAAGCAUUACAACCACGACCAGAAGUUCUUCACCACACCCGACAAGGACAACGACAUGUACCCGUCGGGUAACUGCGGCGCCUACUACAGCUCUGGCUGGUGGUUUGACGCUUGCAUGUCUGCCAAUCUCAACGGAAAGUACUACCACAAGAGGUACAAGGGCGUGCGCAACGGGAUCUUCUGGGGAACGUGGCACAACGUGUCCAGCGAAUACUACCCGAACAACUACAGGCAAGCAUUUAAGGCGGUCAAAAUGAUGAUUCGGCCCAAAAAUUACGCACCGUAAAGUGUCAACGUUUGCCUUGCGGAAAUAAUAAAAAAAAAAAAAAAAAAAAAAAAACCCUCCGAUGUUUUUGAGGAUAACAAAUAUUAGGUGAUAUUUUUCUGCGUGUCUCCGGCCAAAUGUGAAGAGCAUGUCCUUCCGGCGGCAGAGAUAUACUCUAAAGGUGCAAUUUAUUCAUUAAGAAUUUAAGCGUUAUUAUCCGUUUUAUUUUCGCUUAUUUGUACUUCUCCGUUACAAAUAUCCAUAGUGUUUCAACCUAAAAUGGUCUCAACGGUAGUGUACUUGAUAACAUUCCAUUGUGGUAAACUGCCGCAUGGUACAAUAAAAAAAUAUUGGCAAACGGAAAAAAUCAAGUAUUUAUUUUUGAAAAUAAAGGAAUACUACAAAAUGCGAUAAGGAAAAAGAAUUUCUUUCAGGUCGUUUCAUCCAGAAACCUCAAAAAUGCCUAAUGUGAUCUGCAUUCCUGAUUGGUGCAAGACGUGCAUAGUUUUAUGCUGUUUCUUCACUCAUAUGUUUAUACUUGAGCUUUUGUAUGAUCUUCAGUAAUGAUAAGCCUUUGUUAAAAAGCAAUAAAGUUUUUUUUUCCAUCUUGUGUUA